UAGAAACUAGUAAUAUGCUUCUCUGAAGCAUUUGAUGGAGGCUAUACCUACUACCACUGUAAACUUGACCACUUCUACAUGUGGUAGACAUUACAGCAGCUAUGAGAGUCCGUGUAAGUCAGGGCAAGGUCGGUGCGGUGAAGCAUUCAGCUGUAGACCGGGGGUCCGGAGAAUGCAAUUCGCCUAAGGAUAGGCGUCUCUUUGCUGGCAGAUGGCGUGCGAUAAUUCUAUGGUCCAGUACUAUUCUUGAUCACUUUGUUAAGAUGAGCUAGUACUAUCCAUGUCUCUAUUGGCUUGGCAAGGCUGCAUUAUAUCAAGAGGUGGGCUUCUGCGAGGGAGAGAGUAUAGAACAACACCAUGGAGGCCAGGAUUUUUGCUCCAUCAAUGCUGCAAACUACUAGAUGGGCAUAGUACAUGCACAUGCAGUUUUGUUUGUUGGCUUUGCAUCCCGACAUUGCAUGUACAUGCACGUACCGUGGU